AGCUGCUUUCACCUCUAUCAGAAUCCGCUCUCGCGGGCGAAAAAAAGUGCAGUGCAGCGAAAAGUUGGUGCUCCAGUGUUCAGGAAAUAAUCCAAGUUGAAUUGAAACUGCUAAUGUUUAUUACUUUUCGCUUAGCGCGCAAUAAAAAAAAUAAUUCGCGGGAAGAUUUCGAUUGAUUUACCCGUCUUUAUUGUUUGGUUUGUCUGUGCCGAGUUCUAAAGGAAAAGAAAAUCGAGAAUAAAACGAAACUCUGAUAAGCACGAAUCGUGGAAAGAAAACAACCCAAACAGCGAAUUGCAUUUUGCAUUUGCACCAUUACACACGCCCACACAUUGCACCAGGAACAAUUUAAAGAAGAAGACUGAACCACCACGCCCACACACUCUACUCGUUAACUAGUAAAUCAAAAGCCACCGCUCAAAUAACUCAGAAAUACCAAACAAAAAAAAACAAACAAAAAAACGUAAUCCAUUUGCCAGAGACCAAGAGACCAAAGCCAAUCCACGCCAAGAUGUCGUCGCGUUCCAAGGAGAGAGUUGUCACUGCAUUCCGCAAAAUCUUCCACAAGUCUAGCAAUAAUAACAACAACAACAACAAUAGCAACAAUAACCAUAAUAAUAAUAUAAAUAAUAACAAAAAUGACAAGGUCGAUGGCGCCACUGGCAGCAGUCCGAAUAAAAACAACAACAACAAUAAUAAUAACAAUCAUGAGGCAGGAGCAUCUGCCGCCUCUUCAGCAGCCGGAGGAGCAAUGGGCGGAGCAGUGGGCGGUGGAUCAUCGGGAUCAUCUGCCAGUGCUGCAGCCAAGAACGCCGUGGUUCGAAUGGCAGCCGAGCAGGCUGUGUGGGACUCUCCAGGCAAGCGGCGACGACAAGAUCACAAGGUGGCGCCGACUAAGGGACGCCCGCUGAUGGCGGCGCCGGAUCAGUCGCUUCGAUCGCGCCGCCUCAUGAAGGAGUACCGCGAAAUGGAGCGACUGCAGUGCAAGAACGAUUCUGUUUUCACGGUGGAACUCGUCAACGACAGCCUUUUCGAAUGGCACGUACGCCUGCACGUGAUUGAUCCUGAUUCGCCACUGGCCGAUGAUAUGGUCGAGAUGGGUGUGUCGGCCAUCCUGUUGCAUCUAAGUUUCCCCGACAACUUUCCCUUUGCUCCGCCGUUCAUGCGCGUGGUGGAACCGCGCAUCGAGAAGGGCUACGUGAUGGAGGGCGGCGCCAUCUGCAUGGAACUGCUAACGCCACGCGGCUGGGCCAGUGCCUAUACGGUGGAGGCGGUCAUCAUGCAGUUUGCCGCCAGCGUGGUCAAGGGUCAGGGCAGGAUAACGCGCAAGCCAAAGAGUACAAAGGAGUUUAGUCGUCGCCAGGCUGAGGAGUCGUUCCGUUCGCUGGUGAAGACGCACGAGAAAUACGGAUGGGUGACGCCCGCCCUGUCUGAUGGUUAAAAGGUGCACAAGGAACCCAGCUCAGAUGCUCUGCGUUUGCCAACCCAACCAACCAAUGCAAUUUAAUAUUCAGCCACCCAGCAAAAGUCUCGCUCAUAGUAAUCCAUCAAACCACCUAACCAUCUAUCUCUCGAUGCGUUUCAUCUACUUAGUGAAGUAACGAACGAUUUCAAUUGCAAACCAUCCAAAAACGCAACAGGAAGGAAGUUUUGGAACGAGAAGAAAAUCGAAGGGAGGAUACAAAGAAAAAACCCGCGCGUCAAGCAACAAAUUAGCUUAAAGUGUAACUCUAGAUCGUAGUCAGUCAUCAGUAAAACGGAAAUUUCGCCGAAUACAAACUGGAUAAUUAAGUAUUAUUAGUUGAACAGAGAUGAACUAAAAAAAAAAAAAAAAAAAGAACGAUGAAAAGCCAUUUUCGAAUACCGUUUUCACUCGCCUAGCACCUAAGUUUAAUUUACGAAAGGUUUACAGAAUCAAUUGGUCUGAUAUCUUUGAUUCGACUGUGUUAUUAUAAUUUGUUGUGAUUUUUGUUAAAGUUUAACAAACCAUGAAGAAACCAAAUUACAAAAUCAGCUUGUAAACAUGUGUGUUCCUCAUAAUUUGCUAUUUCUCCUUAGGUUCCGCAUAAUAAAUAAAUUUAACAUGUGUC